AUACAUUUAUUUCUCAUCACAUUCUCAUCCUCAUCACCGCCGUCAAACUAUUUUAUUUCACGUUUUUAACACUUUACACUUUAAAAAAUAAUGAACGAGAAGCAAGAGCAAAUUUUAGCACUCAUCAAAAAGAAGAAAGAAUGUGAUAAGCGAGCGUUGGAAAUUGUUCACAAACUUAUCGAGCCUGAAGUUGACCCGACCUUUCUUCUCAGCCAGGCCCUCUAUAUCGGACCGCCUCACUUGGAGGAUGUUGUGGAGGAACGGCGACUCGCAGGAUUGUGUGGGUGGACCUUGUGCUCAAAAUCGCUCGACCCUGAAGUCUCAAAAAAGAAGCAACGUUAUGUCAUCAGGGGUAGAAAGGUUUUAGAUAUUACGGAUCGCAAGUCAUUCUGCUCAUCUGACUGUUACGCAAAAUCCACUCAUUUCAAGCAGCAACUCCUCAUUUCUCCCCUGUGGAUGCGAGACGAUAAAAAUGGAGAAACGGCCGUGACAUUUCAUAUUCUGGAGGAUAAUGUUCAACUUCAUGGGGUUAUCGUUAAUGUGACUGGGCUAAAAUUAACGGACGAGGACAAAGAAAAGGAUAGUGAAUCUAGAUCUAGUGAGGAUGAUAACAAAGCCGAUAAUGAUAAGCAUUCGUAACAGCGAUUGAUGACGAGACCUAUUUACAUACUUAUUAUAACAACAAACCUGCGUAAAUUGUUACUUAAAUAUCUUGUGUUAUUAGCUACAGAAUUACAUAUAUUUUUUGUUACACUAUGAUAAGUCGGCCGUUCGAUAUGUUUAUAAUAUGUUAUAUAUUAGUCAUAACAUUUGUACGGGUUUGAAGUGUAGCGUAGUUGAUUCUCGGUCAUCCCACCUCCAAUUAAUCUUAUCGAGGAAUCAAUAGUUAUUAUAUAACGCUUGUCAAACCAUAAUAACUACAUGCUACUCAAUCACAUUACACAUCCCUUUGGAUGGAUAGAUACGAAUGUUGACAACAAUUACGGACCUUGAUUUGACAUAUCUAUGUUUGUAAUGUUUUCGUGUAACUAUUUAUUCAAUAAAUUAAAUACGUCGCAUUAACGAAAGCAAAA